AUGGGCAGCAUCCAGUGGGCGAUGCGGGGGCCCAAGUCGCGGGCGGGGUUGAUGGCGACUCCCGUGGGCCCUCCCAGCACCAGCACGAUGAGGAAGAUGAAAAAGGCGAGGGUGAACCCAAACUGCGCAUCAAACAGCCCUCUGGACGGCUCGUACAGCUGGUUUCCGCGCGCAGCGAUCAUGUUGGCCAUGACCAGCAGGGUGAUCGUCCCCAUGAACUCGCAGAGGAAGUUCCAGUGGGGCGCGUAG